AGGAAAAUAAAAUGAUGACAAUUAAUAGAAAUAGGAUCACAAAUUAUUAAGUAGUAUUGCCCACUUCGAGUAUUUGGUAUUACAUAUACAUUAUUUCGUUGAUCAAUUAACACCAAAUAGUUCAUAAUAAUACGAUCAUUACUGAUUAGUAAGAACAGUAACAACUAAUGGUGCAUUUUGGAUAGAACAAAAAUAAAAAUAAAAACCAUCAACCAAAAUAGACAUUCGCCGACUGGCGACCACCCACUCCACUAACAUACGUAUAUUACAUUAUUAGCGUCUAUUAUGUUAUCAAAAAUGCAACAUUUAGUCCAUUAUAGUGUUUAUAAAUAGCUAAAAAUUCCUAUAAAUUAUGAUACACUAUCGUUGAAAAUCAACUGUACCUUCAGUUUAGUGUAAUAACUAAUAAGCCAGCUAUAAUUCAAAAAGACUGUGACAUAUAUUUAUAUUAUUUAAUUGGUUUUAUUAUUUAACUUUUAAGAAUUUUUAAUUUUUAACCACUACUAUUUAAAGUUAAAAAUUAUAAUUGUCUAAGAAUAUUAAGUACAAAUCAACCUUAUAAAGUAAUUUAUUUAAUACCAAAAACUAUGAGUUCUGUUUGUAAAUGUGAUUGCGGGAAAUUAAGUUCAUCAAUGAACGAUAAAAAUUGGAAUAGACAUAUUAACUCAUGUAAAGUACGAAAAUUUAAAAGAAACUCGCAUGAUAUAAAAUCGUUUUUUUCUGGAAACAAGAAUAAAAAAAGCAAAUUGAUUCACCAAAUUACUGCUGUAAAAAAUACUAUUUUUGAUGUGAACAAUGAUUUAAAUGAAGACCAAAGUACUCCAGUUAAUAAAGAAUCAUUGGUUGAAUGUGAAAUUCAAAAAGAUACUGAGAUAAGCUCAUGUUUGCAAAAUAAAGAUGAUAUGGAUAUGGAUAUAAUUAAAAAUGAUCCAGCAAUUUUUGCUAAAAUGUCUAUUUUGUCACCGGAAAUUAAAGAUUACAUCUUAAAAUUUGGUCCUUGUCAACCGUUACAAGAUGAUUUACCUAAUAAAAUAUUUCCUUAUGAAAUUAACAAUGAAAAGAUAAAAAGAAGUUUUAAUGAUAAACAUUAUUACAGAAUUUUGUCUGAUAAAUCAAAAUGCCAUCGUGAUUGGUUGUCUUAUUCAUUAAGCAAAAAUAAAAUAUUUUGUAUUCAUUGCAUGCUUUUUGGAACCAAUUUGCAUAGUAAUUUAGAAAAAUCUUGGACCAAAGAAGGGUUUAAUAAAUGAAAAAAUUGUUCAUUUGCUAUUCAAAG